GGGGCGGCGGCGGCCAGCGAGGGAGAGCGCGGGCGGCCUGGCCCCGCCCCCGCCCCGCCCGCCUGCCCGCCCGCCCCGGUGACCUUCACGGCCCGGGCGGCGGGCGCAGGCCCUGGCGGCGGCGGCGGCGGCGGCGCGAUGUUCGUGCAGGAGGAGAAGAUCUUCGCGGGCAAGGUGCUGCGGCUGCACAUCUGUGCGUUCGACGGCGCCGAGUGGCUGGAGGAGGUGACCGAGGACAGCACGGUGGAGCAGCUCAAGGAGCGCUGCCUCAAGCACUGUGCUCACGGGAGUUUAGAAGACCCCAAGAGUGUGACCCAUCACAAAUUAAUCCAUGCUGCGUCUGAGAGGGUGCUGAGUGACUCCAAGACCAUCCUGGAGGAGUGCAUUCAAGACAAAGAUGUCUUGUUGUUGAUAAAGAAACGUGCUCCAACUCCACUUCCUAAGAUGGCUGAUGUCUCCGCAGAAGAAAAGAAAAAACAAGACCAGAAAGCCCCCGACAGAGAUGCUAUCCUCCAAGCCACCGCCAACCUGCCCUCCUACAACAUGGACCGGGCCGCGGUCCAGACCAGCACGAGAGACUUCCAGACAGAACUCCGGAAAAUCUUGGUGUCUCUCAUUGAGGUGGCACAAAAGUUGUUAGCGCUGAACCCCGACGCAGUCGAAUUGUUUAAGAAGGCAAAUGCCAUGCUGGAUGAAGACGAGGACGAGCGAGUGGAUGAGGCAGCUCUGCGGCAGCUCACCGAGAUGGGCUUUCCCGAGAACAGAGCUGUGAAGGCCCUGCGGCUGAACCACAUGUCGGUACCUCAAGCUAUGGAGUGGCUAAUCGAGCACGCGGAGGACCCGACCAUAGACGCACCUCUUCCAGGCCAAGCCUCGUCAGGAGGGGCGGGGGCCGAGGCUGAGGCGGCGUCCGAGGCUGCUGCUGGGACUAGCACGGGAGACGAGGAGCCCAGAGAUGAGCUGACGGAAAUCUUUAAGAAGAUACGGAGGAAAAGGGAGUUUCGGGCUGACUCUCGGGCUGUCAUUUCCCUGAUGGAGAUGGGAUUCGACGAAAAGGAGGUGAUAGAUGCCCUCAGAGUGAACAACAACCAGCAGACCGCCGCCUGCGAGUGGCUGCUGGGAGACCGGAAGCCCUCUCCCGAGGAGCUGGACAAGGGCAUCGACCCCGACAGCCCUCUCUUUCAAGCUAUCCUGGAUAACCCAGUUGUGCAGCUGGGGCUGACCAACCCUAAGACGUUACUAGCGUUUGAAGACAUGCUUGAGAACCCGCUGAGCAGCACCCAGUGGAUGAACGACCCGGAGACGGGCCCCGUCCUGCUGCAGAUCUCCAGGAUCUUCCAGACCCUCAACCGCGCGUAGGCCGGCCCGCGCUCGCUCUGCUCCGCUGCUCCGGCAGCCUGCCCGGGCGGGGCGGGGGCGGGUUCCGGGAGGCCCCUUCUUCCUUCUCAGCCAAGUCGUGGGAAGAGCCUGAAGACCCCUUGGUUCUGCUGGGCUGGGGAGGGGAGAAGGGUCAGGCCGGAGGGGACCCCACCCUCAGAGCCCCGGCCCAGAUGGUCAGGGUGCCCGCUGUUCUCGUGCUUUGAUCUUACUGCUUAAAAGCGCCGGCUGACGGCAGUGUGCAAGGCUGCCUGUCCGGCCUCUGCCAGUGUUUACAAACCAGGGGGCCGCCGCCCUCCGCAGCGUCGCUUUGGGCCUUGACUGCUGCUGGGAUUGACCCGCAGGCGUUGCUUGGAGAGUCCGCUUGCUGUUUGAGAGAAGGCAUGUUUUAACCCAAAGUGUUAAUGUCACGCGUACUAAUUUAAGUAGAGGAAUUCACAGAUGACUUUUCUUUAAUAAAUCAAUCCCCUUUUUCCUA